AUGUCGUAUCACACCCCACCGAUGCGACAGCUAGUCCAGAAGCUCGAUUUCUUCACUUUAACAUUUUGUUGUCUUAUGUACUUCCUUAGUUAUCUUGACAGAACUAAUCUCAACAAUGCCUACGUUUCUGGGAUGAAAGAAAAUCUGCAAUUUCAUGGAAACCAGUUGAAUCAGAUCAACACGGUGUCCACCGCUAUGUAUACUAUUGGACAAGUUCCCUGUAAUAUCGCUCUCUACUACGUCAAGCCGAGGAUCUUCCUCCCUACAUGCAUGGUCGUAUGGGCAGGCCUCACGAUAGCGACGGCUGAAUCCACUUUUGUGGGUACCCACCAUAUCCUGGGUUCCUGGUACAUGGAGAGAGAGCUUGGAAAACGAUCCGGUAUCUUCACAGCCUCCGGUCUUUCAGGGGCGAUGAUUGGAGCCUGGCGCUGGCUCUUCGUCACUGAUGGCAUCAUUACUCUACCCGUCGCCGUCUAUGGCUUCUUGCUUUCCCCCGAUACUCCACAGAACACGAGGGCACCAUAUUUGACCGCAGAUGAAAAGGCAUUGGCGAUAUCCCGCGCCCCUGAAGUUUCGGAUCGUACUCCUAUGUCUUGGACCUUCUUGAAGCACUGCUUUAGUCCGUGGUGUUGGUACUUCUUCACCACUCUUUGGAUCAUUGCGGGUAAGAGCAAGUCGUUUUCUUCCAACUCUCUCCUCUCUUUGUACAUGAAGUCGCACUCUGGUAAGAAGUACACCAUCUCGCAACUCAAUAACUACGACGAUAUUACUAGUGGUAUUACGAGCGCUUUAAUUCUAGCCUAUCCAAACAACACGACUGUCCAUCUCGGGGCUUACUACUGGGCCGGUAGCGUCUAUGCAUGUCAAGCUAAGUUCUUUGCCUGGGCUAAUGACGUGUUGAGAUAUGAAGAGGAUAGCUUACGGGCAGUUGUAAUUGCUAGCAUGAACAUGGGUUCCAACGCGGUCAAUGCGUGGUGGUCCAUACUCUUCUAUGGAGCCAAAUUUGCACCGCAAUUUACGCGGGCCGCACUGUUGGUCUGGAUGCACGUCCGGACAGAGAAGAGAAGUGAGGAUGAGAGCGCGGCAACGGUAUUUUCAGAAAAAGAGCAGGAUAUUCCUGGGGUAGGGGAGAAAGGUGGGAAAGGCGGGGAUAUUGAAGCGAAACCCUAA